AUGGCAUCAGUAUUUCGCUUUUUCUUUGGUAAUGAUAAACCUAGUUUGAUUGAGACAUCUCGAUCAAUUGAUAAUCAAGAAGAUUACUCAGAUGAUGAAUCAGAUCAAUCAAAUUCAGAAUCAGUGAAUUGUGUUCGAAAUCGUAUUAAGCCAGUAGUUGCUGACUUUCAUCCUACAUCUGAAUCAGCAGUAGAUGAAGUCGAUAAGAAGCCUGAUAAUCUUGUAAUCAAAGAUGUAGACCUUCUAAUCCAUGUCAAUGGUAACUAUCACAACACUUCUAGAUUUGAUCGUAUGCGUCGGAAAGAUGAUGGAAAACGACUAGUAGUCAGACGUGGACAAGAAUUUUUCCUCAAGUUACAUUUUAAUCGAGAAUUUAACGAAGAGAUUGAUGAAAUUUAUUUUACUUUUACAUUAACUGGUGUAAUUGCUUCUCUUAAACAUGGUACUCAUGUGAUUUUCCCUCUACGUACUGAUGAAGAAUUACCAGAAAAACAUUGGUCUGCUACUCUCCUUGAAAGGAAAGAGAAUUCUGCUCUUAUUAAAAUUUAUUCACCAGCGGAUGCAAUAAUUGGAAAAUGGAAAAUUGAAAUUGAUGCAAAGAGUAAAACUAAUCCUGACUUAUCUCACCAUUAUAAUCUAAAACAUCUAAUUUAUCUUCUUUUUAAUCCUUGGUCUAAAGAUGACGAUGUCUUUCUUGAGGAUGAAGAGCAUCGUAAGGAGUUUAUAUUAGCAGACACUGGCUACAUUUGGCGACUUCAUGUGAAUGAACCAGCAUUCUGGAGAUAUGCUCAGUUUGAGGAGAAUAUUCUUGACUGUGCUUUAUAUUUAGUAUCAGAUAUUGCAAAGGUUGAUGCUUCAUCUAGAAAUGAUCCUAUCAAGAUAUCAAGAAAACUAACGGCAGCAAUAAACUCUAAUGAUGAUGAUAAUGGAGUCUUAACUGGCAGAUGGACACAAGAGUAUGAAAAUGGUACUCCUCCAUGGAAAUGGACUGGAUCCAAGGAAAUUCUUCAACAAUACUACGAUAAAAAGCAAUCAGUAAAUUACGGACAAUGUUGGGUCUUUGCUGGAGUUUUAGCUACUGUUUGCCGAGCUUUGGGAUUACCUUGUCGAGUUGUUACUAAUUAUCAAAGUGCUCAUGAUACAGAGGGUAGUUUAACUAUCGACUACUUUUAUGAUGACAAUGCUAAAGACAUCGAUGAUAUUACUAAUGAUUCUAUAUGGAAUUUCCAUGUUUGGAACGAAAUUUGGAUGAAAAGACCAGAUAUUGGAGAUGGUUUGUAUGACGGUUGGCAAGUAGUUGAUGCUACACCACAAGAAGCAAGUGAUGGUAUGUUCUGUUGUGGUCCCAUGUCUGUUGAAGCUAUCAAAAAUGGUGAUGUUUUAUUGCCUUAUGAUGGAAAGUUUAUCUAUUCUGAAGUUAAUGCUGAUGAAGUGUGUUGGAAGUAUAGUGGACCAACGGAACCUUUGAAACUCCUUGAAAAAUAUGUAAAUCGUAUUGGAGUGAACAUAAGUACAAAAGCUGUAGGAAAGUGGGCGAGAGAAGAUUUAACACAUUCGUACAAACAUCCUGAAGGAAGCACUAUGGAAAGAGAAUCAUUCCAGAAGGCUUUGAAACAAUGUAACCAUUACUUCAGUCGUUAUUACAUGAAUGAAGAAUUUUCUGAUGUUAAAUUUGAUUUCAUGUUAUGUGACAAAAACGUUUCAAAAGACAAUUAUGGUGCUAUUCUUAUGAUUAAAAAUAAGAAUUUGGAGAAAGAGUACUCAGUUUCAAUGGUAUGUUGUGCUGAGAAAAAACAUUAUACAGGAAAAAGAGUAGGCAAACCAUGGAAAGUCACAAAUGAUCAACACACUAUUCAACCUGGAGAUGAAAAAAUAAUUCAUAUUAAUCUUGAUAAAUGUAAAGAGAUUAUGAAUACAAUCAAUGAUUGCAUUGUUAAUGUUAAGUGUUUAGCUAAAGUUCAUGGAACAAACUAUGAAUUUCUUGCGAAAGAAAAUUUGGAAUUUGACAAGCCUAAGAUACAAAUUACGAAAAAAGAUGAUGUUAUCGUUGAUCAGCAGCUAAAGAUGACUGCAACUUUCAUUAAUCCCUUGAAAACUGAUUUGACAAGAGGAAAAUUCACAAUCGAAGCUGUUGGUUUUUACAAAAAAACACUCAAAUUCAUAGUCGCAAAACCAAUUAAGCCAGGGAAAGAAAUAACUUGUGAGUUUUGUUUAACUCCUAAACAUGAGGGCCGAGGAGUUGUAAUUGUGAAAUUCUCAUCAGGCCAUCAAAUUGGCGUAGUUCAAGGGGCUAUUAAUUUCGAUAUAAUGAAUAAAAUUUAA